GGCGGCCCCGGAGGGCUCCGUAACGCGGGGGGAUACGCGUGGCCGCUGGCGUUUUGCGUUUGCCGCUCGUUACCGAGCUGAGAGCUGUCAUUUGUCGUCUGCGCUGAGUGUGAUGCGAUUCUCAGGGCUUUAAAAAUGGGGAACACGAGCAGCGAGCGAGCCGGGCUGGAACGGCACGGGCACAAAGCAUCCCGGGCUGAUGGUGCGGGAGGAGCCGGCGGCACCAAGGAUGGGGACAGACCGAAGAUCUUAAUGGACAGUCCCGAAGAUGCGGACUUGUUCCAUUCGGAGGAGAUGAAGGCGCCGUUGGAUAAAGAAGAGUUUCUGGCUUGGCAACAGGAUCUGGAAGUGAGUGAUAAAACCCCCACUCAAGCUCGACCAACAGUCUUUCGCUGGACCGGAGGAGGCAAAGAAGUGUAUUUAUCUGGGUCCUUCAACAACUGGAGUAAAAUUCCUUUGACGAGGAGUCACAACAACUUUGUGGCAAUCCUGGACCUGCCAGAAGGAGAGCACCAGUACAAGUUCUUUGUGGAUGGGCAGUGGACACAUGAUCCUUCAGAGCCUGUUGUAACCAGCCAGCUGGGUACUGUCAACAACAUCAUCCAGGUGAAGAAAACUGACUUUGAAGUGUUUGAUGCUUUGAUGGUGGACUCCCAGAAGUGUUCAGACAUGUCUGAGUUGUCAAGUUCUCCUCCAGGACCAUACCACCAGGAGCCCUAUGUCUGUAAGGCAGAGGAGCGCUUUAAAUCUCCACCCAUUCUUCCCCCACACCUGCUGCAGGUCAUCCUGAACAAGGACACGGGCAUUUCUGUGAGUACCUCAGUCUGUCUGCUGAGUAAGGGCCGUAAGUAAGAGUGUGAAUGGAUG